AUGGUGGAAAAGAUCUACGUCACGUACAAUGAUGUCCACAAGCUGUGCCAGCAGUCGGCGGAAAAGCUGCUCGCCGAGUUCAAGCCCAACCUCAUGAUCGCCAUCGGCGGCGGCGGCUACGUCCCGGCCCGCAUCCUGCGAUCCUUCCUCAAGCAGCCUGGCUCGCCCAACAUCCCCAUCCAGGCCAUCGGCCUCUCCCUCUACGAGUCCCUCGGUGACACCGAGGUCGAGGCCAUCGGCACCAAGGUCACCCGGACCCAGUGGCUCGACCUCAGCGCCCUCGGCGAGAUGGACAACCUCGUCGGCAAGCGCAUCCUCAUCGUCGAUGAGGUCGACGACACCCGGACGACGCUCGAGUACGCCGUCAAGGAGCUCGAGAAGGACGUCGAGAUUGCCCGCCAGCGAGCCGGCCCCGAUGCGCCCCAGACGCAGUUCUACAUCUUCGUCCUCCACAACAAGGACAAGCCCAAGAAGGGCAAGCUGCCCGAUGGCAUGGUGGACAACGGCUACGAGGCGGCUCAGACCGUCGGCGACGUCUGGAUCAACUACCCGUGGGAGGCCAUCGACAUUGACGAGCACGACAGGCUUGCGCUGAAAGCGAACACCCCGCCGCAGUAA